GCAGAUCCCAACCUUCUGUCAUCAAACGGACUUGGCGUGUCACUGAAACCACUGCAUAAAGCCACGGCAGUCACUCGGGAUUUUCUCUCUCCUCAUCACCCUUACUAAAUACACCAACAUCAUCCUCUCUCACCUCAACCUAGAGAGAGAGCAGGGAAGAAAAGCACAAGCUGAAGAAGAAGAGCUUCUGAGGAGAGGAUCCAGCAAUGGAGCUCUUUCAGAUCAAUGCCGUCUAAUUAGGAAUUUCUGAAAGUGAGAAACUGAUUGCAUUUUUCGGUUGCCUGUCUGGGAUUAUUUAUAUGAUAUUGGGUGCUAGAAUUUGUCAAAAGAUCAGAUUACUCGUCUGUCUUGUGGUCGCUGAAAAUGAGUUGGAACCCACACAUGGAGGUUCAUUACACCUACACCAACUGUCCUUAUAGCUCAGCGGGUAGCUUUAUGGAGUAUUUUGAGGGUCUUACCUAUGAACAUGUGAACUUUAUUUUUUCAGGCGAUUCGCAUGCUCAGGAGAGUGCUUACCCAACAAUGAAUACAAAUUAUUACAAGUUUGGGUUGUCAGAACCUGGGAAUAUUACUUCAUACUAUGAUCUUGGGUUUGGUCAUGCUUAUGAGAUCAAUGGUCCUGACCCAAGAAGUGGGGAACAAAGAAGGCAUUUGCAGAGCGCUUCAACAAUGACUAAUGAACAGAAUGUGGCUGUGAACUCAGAAUGGGAAGGAAAUGCGAAUAAUUCUACACGCCACAACCCCAGAGAAUGCCCACGGAGACAUCAAAAUUCCGAUGAUAACCAGGUUAUUUGGCAAGACAACAUUGAUCCUGACAUCAUGAGUUACGAGGAAUUACUUGAGUUAGGUGAGACGGUUGGCACUCAAAAUCGAGGUCUCUCCCAAGAUCAGAUCUCGUUGCUUCCAAUCUCAAAGUACAAAUGCAGCUUUUUCUCGAGAAAGAAAUCACGAGACGAGAGAUGUGUGAUUUGCCAGAUGGAAUAUAAACGAGGGGACCGGCGGAUUGCUCUACCAUGCAAACACCUCUAUCAUGCUGGUUGUGGGACCAGAUGGCUUAGCAUCAACAAGGCUUGCCCAAUAUGUUACACUGAGGUUUUUGGUGAUGCGUCAAAGCGCGCAAAAUAGGAGGCCCGAUGAGCUUAAAGAAGAGAGCCUCGAAAAAAUUUUCUUCAAAUUUGGUUAACAGAGGUGCAUGUUUGCUUCUUUUCCACGUUGUUUGUAGAAGCAUUGUCUGAGCUAUUUUAAUAAAUGAGAAUGUUACGAAGUGAAGGAUUCCGAUCA